AAAAUCAGAUUAGACUUGUCAUGCGCACCCCCACCCCAGGUAAUAAAUAAAACCCACACACUGACAAAAUGGGUCGAUGUGCGAAAAAUGGCGGCUUGUGUGCGGUAUGGCUAGUGCUCUCGGUAUUUAUCAUCACCAGGCCGUCUCGAUCGCCAAUUACCCCCAAAAAUAUCGCCAUUUCUUGGAUCCCCAGAACGAUUCCACAGCCCCUAACAAUGUGAAUCAACUCCGAAAAAAAACAAAAACAAACAAACAAAUUCUAAGUGGAGAAUAGCCGUUGGUGUUGUUGAAGAAUCGAAUUCAUCUUGUGCCGAGGAUAAUGCUAUCACCCCGAAGUUAACCCGAUUUGUUUACACACGAGUAUUUUUGAGGUACGGAUUUCCCACGGGAAGAAAUAAACAGAGAGUGGAGAGAGUGAGAUAUUGACAACAGUAGUGAGGGAUUUCCUUUUCUUUUGCUUUUUUUUAACUUCAUUCUCCAAGUGCCAGGAACAAUAGACCAUUGACUGGGGUUUGUGCCAGUGCCGGACUUCGGCCCGGUUACUAUUAUCAUAGACAUGCUCAAGCAAUUGCAGAUGGGGAUGAGAGCUUUCCUUCUUAUGGCUUCCCGCGUGUGGACAUGCAUCUGCUUUCUGCUCAAGAAGCAGGUUAGAGCCAUCUCGCAGAUGCAACCAGUGAAAUACGAGAUCUUCCCACUGUCGCCGUUAUCCAGGCACAGACUCAGCAUAGUAAAGAGAAAAGUGUUAGUGUUAGAUCUAGAUGAGACGCUGAUACACUCACAUCACGAUGGAGUUGCGAGGCCAACUGUCAGGCCUGGAACGCCUCCUGAUUUUGUUCUUAAGGUGACGAUAGACCGACAUCCGGUCAGAUUCUUCGUCCACAAGAGACCGCAUGUUGAUUUUUUCCUGGAUAUUGUUAGUCAGUGGUAUGAGCUCGUAGUGUUCACAGCAUCUAUGGAGAUAUACGGUGCAGCAGUUGCUGAUAAACUUGACAACAACAGGGGUAUAUUGAGACGUAGAUAUUACAGACAACACUGCACUCCUGAAAUGGGUUUUUACACCAAGGACCUAGCUGCCAUUUGCUCGGAUUUGGCUUCUGUUUUCAUACUUGAUAAUAGCCCUGGGGCUUACAGAGCUUAUCCGCAUAAUGCAAUACCAAUAAAAUCGUGGUUUAGUGAUGCUGGUGACACAGCUUUGCUAAGUCUCCUUCCAGUUCUGGACGCUCUGCGUUUUACCCAGGACGUGCGCUCAGUACUAUCGAGAAAUCUACACCUACCUCACACUGGGUAGCUAACUGAUCCCAUCCCAUCAUUCAAUCGACUCAAUUAGACUAGACUAGAUAAAAAGAAAAAAACAAAAAACUGAAGGAAGCAAAAAUUAUUAUAAUGCAGUUUAGUGUGUCUAAUCUUAGGAUUAAAUACUGUUAUUGAAAUAGAUAUAGAACACCCUGAUUACGAGAAGAUGAGGAAACUAUCUUGUUUAUUCGUUUAUUUUUCUAAAUUUUGGGGAGGAAAUUCACUGUUGCUGAUUUGCUCGAGAGUUCGUAACAGCAAAACUCAUUCAGCGAAUAUCACGAAAAUCACUUGACUUAGGCAGAAAUGUUAUUACAAAUUUUUGAUGGGCGUGGAAUACUCUCUACUUUUUGCCAUGGGGACUUUUUCUCUAAAUCCACUGGUUUCCGAGAUUUUUGUAAAAUUGCCAGUACCGAAUUUUUUGAGAUUUAAUAAAGUUGCGAAAAAGAACAAAAUGUAGAUUGUAAAUAUCUCGAAAACUCCAGCAUUUAGAAGAAAAUUCCACAGAACUUUUUUUGUAGCUGCAGAAAUUUUCUACAAAAGAAGUCGUAUAACUUUUUCUCUCAACCUUCUAGUACCCAAGAUAUUCCCGAAAUGAUGAAUGAAGUAACAAUCAAUUCGGUUCUCUCGACAAUUAGCUGCUAAACUCUAUGAAUAUUUAUUCGAGUUCAUACCAAUGAAAUUGGAAACGUCAGCCAAUACUUUCGUCAGCACAAAGCGUCCUAGGAUCACAAUGAAAUCCUCGAUUUACCUUUUGUUUAUUUAUGUACAUAAUUUAAUAAAAAGUAACUUCCUCAAUUGAUCGAAAUAAAAAAUUGCAUCAGCCAAAGAUCGAUUUAUAAACAAGAUAUGUUCGUGGAACUCCUGAUUACUCUCUUGAUUCGAUUAAUAGUGGAUUAUAUCUGUAAUUAUUUUCAAUGUUUCAAAAAAACUCGUUUGCUCGUUCGUUUGCAAUUAAAAACUAAAAUAUGUAAAUUUUUAUUUGUACCAUCCACCUAGGAUGGCUCAUAAAAUGGUGAAAAGAAGAUACUAAGUCACAGAUUUUUCUUUUUUUUUAGACAGACUGGUGCAACUCACUGUAUCAGUGAGGCACCCGUCCACAAUUAUGAUUAAUCUAAUGAAUAAAGAGUAUUAAUAAAGUUACAUAUUGAAAUUACAUGAAAAAAUGGGAAACGAAACAUAUAAAUUUGUUAUGAAUGUAAUUCUUUCAGGAAGAAUUUGACUCAGGCAGUCUUGAUAUGUUCAUGGAGUACAUGAACAUUUAUCUACAAUCGAUUAAUUGAAUACGAGUGAAUAAAAUUAUAAAUUUCCUUUUCAA